CGCCCGUAUCCUACACCUCCCCCCGAACCUCCCAACUCCCUAUACCCGUUCUAAAUAUACCCAAUCCUGCCUCUAGUUUGCCUUCAAUCGCCCUCUGCCGUUCUUCGCCGCCCUCACGCUCCUCCGACCGACGCUCCUCCACCGCGAUCCCCUCUCCUUUCAUCCGCGCGCGCAUCGUCGUCCACCGCUCCUCCGUCAUGAGGUAACGCGCCGCCGCCUCUCGCCCCCAGACGUCCUCAAGGCGUCUCCCAAACAUACAGUCUGCUCCGUGCUGGGACUCACCAUGGCCGACCUGCUUGUCCAGGCCCGCUCCGUCCCGGCAAUCCACUCCAAACCCAACAAGUCGGCCGCAAAACCAAACACCAAGGCCAAGAGACCGCCCUCCUCCAAGCCUACUCCCGCUCCCGGCGUUGUCGCCACCCUCCAAAAGGCUCUCAAGGACGCCAAUAAUGCAUACCAAUGGUGCAAGGACGGCUUGACCGAGCAGGAGCGGGAGCGCAAGAGGCUCGUCGAGCAGAGGCGCCAGAUCCUGUGCGCCAAGCUGCAGGAUGCCGACACCAGAACCCAAUGGGAUGCAGCCGCCCAAGAACUCGACGUCCUCGAAGGAAACGAAGAGUGGAAAAAAGACUCCUCGACCGGCGACUAUAACCCCGACCUCAUCGAGGAGCGCCUCCAAGCCCUCGACAAGGCUCGCGCCAACUGCGAUACCCGCACCAUGAUGCACCUCAUCCGUACCGCCCUGUCUCGAGAUCUCGGCGGUAUGGAUAACGUCGACUUAUACCGCCACUCCUACUCGGGAACCAAGCACCUCAUCGAGCGCUACGUCGAGUCCACCAUCCAGACCAUCGAAGCCGUCGUCACUCAAAGCCAACUCGACCACGGCAUUGAGCACCGCGACUUGCUCGAUGGCAUCCUGUUCGCCCGCCAGAGCUACGGCCGAAGCGCCCUUCUCCUGUCAGGCGGCGGCACCUUUGGCAUGGCUCACAUCGGCGUGCUCAAGUGCCUGUUCGAAGCCAAGCUCCUGCCGAGAAUCAUCUCUGGCGCCAGUGCCGGGAGCAUCGUCUGCGCCGCCAUGUGCACACGCACCGACGAGCAGAUUCCGGAACUCAUCAAGGAGUUUCCCUACGGAGACUUGUCCGUGUUCGAAGACCCAAGCGGCAAUGACGGCGUGUGGGACAACCUGCGCCGCUUGCUAACAGAGGGCAGCUGGUCCGACAUCAAGCACCUCUCGAGGGUCAUGCAAGGGUUGAUAGGAGACAUGACCUUUCAAGAGGCGUAUAACCGCACCCGCCGCAUCCUCAACAUCUGCGUCUCCACCGCCUCCGUCUAUGAGCUCCCCCGGCUUCUGAACUACGUCACCGCUCCCAACGUCAUGAUCUGGUCGGCGGUGGCGGCUUCAUGUUCAGUGCCGCUGGUCUUCAACGCCUCACCGCUGUUGGUCAAAGAACCGGCCACUGGCGAGCACAAACCGUGGAACCCAACUCCCCAGCACUGGAUCGACGGCUCCGUGGACAACGACUUGCCCAUGACCCGCCUCUCCGAAAUGUUCAACGUCAACCACUUCAUCGUCUCCCAGGUGAAUCCGCACGUGGUACCCUUCCUUUCCAGAGACGAUCACCUCUCACCAACCGGGCCGCUCGAGCGUGAUCGCUCAACCCGAACCGAUGACCUGGACUGGGUCUGCACUCUCACAUCCCUAGCCAAAGACGAAGCCCUGCAUCGGUUGCAUUUCCUGGCCGAGAUUGGCAUCAUGCCCAACCUAGUCACCAAGUUCCGCAGUAUUCUUAGUCAGAAAUACUCGGGAGACAUCAACAUCCUACCUGAAAUCAACAUGAACGACCUGCCGCGGCUGAUGCGGAAUCCCACCAGCGAGUUUAUGAUUAGAGCUUGUCUUCUCGGCGAGCGUGCCACAUGGCCCAAACUCAGUCGAAUACGCGACCGCUGCGCCAUCGAACUAGCGUUAGAUCACGCCGUCCAUCGGCUACGAGCCCGCGUCAUCUUCUCCGAGAGCCAACGAGACCUCCGACGGAUGCACACCGGGAGGGGGAAGCUCAUGUUCAAGGGCCCGGAACCGCCCAUGGCCAGCAGCGUCGUGAUGGGAUCGAGUCUGGAGAUGAAGUCGUACAAGCGUCAUCGCCGGCAGUCGGGGGGUAGCCUCCAGCUCGCCGACCGGUGGAAUCUCCUCGACAGCGCCAUCACCGACGAUGAGACGGAGCAAGAAGAGCGUCUUGAGAUGCAGUCACGAAGGAGUCGGGCCGGAUCGCCCGUCGCGCUGCGCAAGCCUCGUCUCAAGCGUGCCUCGCGCAGCCAGAUUCACAUUCAGAUGCGAGAAUUGCACGUGAACCUAGCGGAAGUCGACGACUGCGAUUUCGGCGUCGACUUUUCCAAGCCUCUGACGCCACCCUCUCACCUCCAAGCCAGAGACAAGAUAGCCCCGAGCAUCCAAGACGUGGUGCUCGAGGAAUCUGGGACGGCUACUCCCGAUCCUUGGUCUGACCAUACCUGGCGGUCGAGGGGCAACUUUACGUCUCCCGCGGAAGAUGCAGAGACGAGCGAGGCGUAUCAUUCCAGCGAUGGAAUUCGGGAGGACACUGACGCAAGUGACCCCGAGCCCUACGAGGCACAGCCCAGAGACGACCCGUCCAAAUCAUCACAAAGCUCCGGCAACAUCAGUCCGUUCCGGCCAGAGGAGCGGGCGGGGUGGGUGCUCUGGGACUGAUCCGAGGCCAGAUGCGACCAAAUGCAGGUAGACACACGGCGGUAGAGCAUAUCUGGCGAGGCGGCUACACCCUCGCCUUCAUUUCAGGGUAGCAUCUCUGCGGGGUGCAUGGAAGUUUGGAGUUGGAUGGGUAUUAACGUUGCAUGGCACGGCGAACAGGAGGCAUCAGGCUAGUUCACGGGAGAUCAGGUCAUCUGGGGAACUGCAGGCGGGGGAAGCAUUGGGCGUUAGAUGGAGACUCGGCGACAUCACCAAGACUGUUUAAACGCGCACAUUUCACAUGAACCAUUGAGUGCAAGCUCGUGACUGCUGGCAUGUGUUUGGUGGUUGCAUCGUAGACGCCGCAGCAUGUGAAAGCGGCUACUCCAAAACACGUCGGUCACUUGAGAUGAAGGGAUGAGCCCCGCCGCUCACUCACCGAGAUCAAGUAAAUUUAGAGUCUGAGGCAAUCCG